CCCCCCGUGCCCAGCUGUUGUCACGUGACCAGAGUUCUCCUGAGAACUGAAUUAGCUAUAACAGAGGCGCUCCUGUUAAGACCAUAACAACUCUGUGCUGGUGGUUUUAAGUGGAAUACAGCUUACAGACGCAGUAAAAUGUCUGAUUCGAUCAAAAACGUGGCGAUCUUUGGCUCGACAGGAAUGACAGGCUUGGCGACGUUACCUCUUGCAGUGGCAGCAGGAUAUAACGUGACUGUGCUGGUGAGGGAUCCGUCCAGGCUGGCCGCUGACCAUAAAGCCUCCCGGAUUGUGGUGGGAGACGUCCUUAACAAAGAGGAUGUGAAGAAGACUCUGGAGGGUCAGGAUGCUGUCAUCAUCAUCCUGGGCACAAGGAACGAUCUUAGUCCUACCACCAUGAUGUCUGAGGGCACACGGAACAUACUGGAGGGUAUGAAAGCCCGCGGCAUCUGCAAAGUGAUUGCCUGCAUGUCCGCGUUUUUGCUGUGGGACCGGGCAAAAGUUCCUCCUCGCCUGGUUCCUGUCACUGAAGACCAUGAGCGCAUGUACAUGUUGCUGAAGGAGUCUGGACUGGAUUAUGUAGCUGUGAUGCCUCCACACAUCGCAGAUAACCAUCCUCUGACUGAAAAGUACACGGUCACUGAGAACAUGCUGCGAGGAAGAGUCAUCUCCAAACACGACCUGGGUCACUUCUUCGUCAAGUGUCUUUCCACAUCUGAGUGGGACAGGAAGACAGUGGGGGUGUGUGGGGAGUACAGUUAAACUCCCCACUGUUCUACACAACUUCAGUUCUGAGUUUCUUUUAAUAUGAUGCUAACAUUUAUACGCAUAAGGUUUUGCAACGUGCCUUUUUAACACGACAGAUCUUCAUUACAUAAAAGAAAUCAUUGUAAUUACACAGGUAAUAAUGCAGGAUAAUAACCUCAUUGUGAUUAAAAACUAUUUUGCAGUGUGUCAGUUCGGUCGAUUAAAUGCUUCUUAGGUGUACGAUAUUCUUUUAUUUUUAAAAAUUAAAAAUCUAUUUUGAAACCAAGCAAA